ACCGAUAAAUUGACGUUGUCUUUUGCAGAACAGCAAGUAACCAGCUCGAAGACGGAGUUGCGGAAGUCUGGACGGCAAAGGUCCAAGCGGAAACCACGUGUUUUGUUUUCGCAAGGUCAAGUUUACGAAUUGGAACAAAGAUUCAAAAUGCAGAAGUACGUGUCGGCUCCGGAGCGCGAGCAAAUGGCCCAAUCUUUGAAUUUAACGCCCACGCAGGUCAAAAUCUGGUUUCAGAAUCGCCGAUACAAGAACAAAAGGCAGACGCUGGAGAAGGCUGAAGUUGAAAAAGCCGCUGUGGAGCCAAUUAAUCCAGCGGGCACAGUUAAUAUGCCCUACUACGUGCCUCCAAUGCCUCAAGGAAACUAUGUUUUCCCCACUAAUUCCCCCCCGAGUUACAACGCUGCAGACUUCUUCAGCGCGACCGAUUACGCAACGUACGCAUGAAAUCGCCUCCGGAGAUUUACACUCUUUUUUAGCAAGUUUAGCCUCUCAGGUUGUUGCACAUAAGACUGAAACAUUGAGGUUGUAGGUUUGUAAAUACACAUGGAUUAGACGUGGAAAACUGUACAUAAGUUGUAGAU